AUGGAAAAUGUAACCGUUAUUCAUCAUGACUGGACAACAGACUUCGACAUAUCAUGGUACAAAUUUGAUGCCAUUAACAGCAAAGUCCAUGGUCGUUUUAUGAAAGCUCUAGGCCUAAAAUUAGAUGGAAGUUGGCCCCUCGAUGACGGGGCCUAUAAUACCAUAACCAAAGACUUAAAAAAACAUUUUGAGAAUAACAUUCGGACAAGAUUUAUCAUCACUGGUCACAGCUUAGGUGGGGCGCUUGCGAUUCUGUUUCCAGUGGUUUUAGCAUUGCAUGAGCAGGUUGGUGUACUAAAAAGACUAAUAGGUGUAUAUACAUUUGGACAGCCUAAGGUUGGAGACACAAAAUUUGGAAAGUUUAUGGAUGAGAUGUUGGAAUCCUAUGGAGUUAAGUAUUAUAUUUGUUUAUAG